AUGAUAAACAACCAUCAUACCGAUGAGAUCCCAUUUCCGAUUGCAAUUUCAUGGCACGACAUCAAUGUCUUUAGCAAAAAGUCAAGAGGAAUACCACUUCCCUUUAGAAAGGGUGACCACAAACCAUCUGCUCAUAUACUUAUUAAUGUGAGUGGUCAAACAAAAAGUGGACAAUUGUUGGCAAUUAUGGGCUCAAGUGGCGCCGGAAAGACAACAUUGAUUAAUGUGUUGACGCGUAGAAACCUAUCGGAAAUGGUAGUGAAAGGGUCGGUGAAAUUGAACGGUAAAAGCGUUGACCAAAACUGUAUGAAAUCGGUGUCGGCUUACGUACAACAGAAGGACCUCUUUAUGGGUAACCUUACGGUCAGAGAACACAUGCGCUUUCAAUCGCGCGUUCGUAUGGAUCAGUCCAUUGCUAAUGAGUCGCGCGUUCGUCGUGUCGAACAACUUCUACAGGAAAAGGACCUCUUUAUGGGUAACCUUACGGUCAGAGAACACAUGCGCUUUCAAUCGCGCGUUCGUAUGGAUCAGUCCAUUGCCAAUGAGUCGCGCGUUCGUCGUGUCGAACAACUUCUACAGGAAUUGGGUUUAGUGAAGUGCGCGAACACUAAGAUCGGCGCUCCGGACGGAGAGACAGGCAUUUCCGGUGGAGAGAAAAAAAGAUUAGCCGUCGCAUCAGAAUUGUUAACCAAUCCGUCGAUACUAUUCCUCGACGAACCGACGUCUGGUUUGGACUCAUUUAUGGCCUACAAUAUAGUGGAAGUGUUGCGAGAUAUGGCCCAAACCGGGCGCACAAUUAUCUGCACUAUUCAUCAGCCGUCGUCUGAAGUGUUUUCAUUGUUUAAUCAAUUGUUGCUUAUGGCCGACGGAAGGGUUGCAUAUUUGGGCACAUCUGAAAAUGCGAUCGAGUACUUUUCAAGUCUGGGCCUAAACUGUCCGAAUAACUACAAUCCGUCCGAUUUUUAUAUCAAACAAUUGGCUGUAAUUCCCGGCAAUGAAGUCGAGUCUAGAGAAAAGCUUAAUAGUAUAUGCGAUCGCUUUUUGGUAAGCAUUUAUGCAAAGAUAGCACUACCGGACACAACCACUCAUUACUGCAAUAAUGAUUGUAUUGAGUACGACAACUACGAGUGCAUUCAGACUAACGCCAAAUAUGUCUAUAAAGUUAAUUGGUUUAUACAGUUUUGGGCACUUCUAUGGCGGGCAACUCUAUCGGCAAUGAGGGAACCCAUGUUAACCACCGUUCGUCUCAUGCAAACACUUAUUCUGUCGGUGGUGUUUGGGUCAAUUUAUUGGCAACUUGAUAAGAAUCAGGCGGGUAUUAUGUCUACCAAUGGCGCUAUAUUUACAAUCAUCUGUACAAUCACUUUACAGAAUAUCUUUGGUGUUGUGACCACAUUUUGCUUAGAAAUGCCAAUAUUUCUACGCGAGCACAACAAUGGCACGUAUGGUGUGAGCGCUUACUUUCUGUCCAAAAUAUUGGCUGAGUUGCCAUCAUUUAUUAUGAAUCCAGUAUUAUAUGUCUGUAUAGUCUAUUGGAUGAUUGGUCUCAACAGUGAAGUGAACGUAUUCCUCACGUGUGUCGGGAUAUGUUUUAACAAAAUGAUAAAACUUUCUCAAUUCAUAAAAAUUAACCACCACUGCUUACUACAAUACAGCCAAAUAUUGGUGUGGAUAGGGUGGAUUAAAUACAUAUCGUGGUUCUAUUACGGUAACGAAGCGCUUAUAAUAAACCAAUGGCGCGGUAUUGAUCACAUCGACUGCGAGUAUGAAGUGGUCAAUGGGACGGUAUUGAGACCCUGCACUCCAAACGGGGCGGUUGUCAUUCAAAUGUUGAACUUUGAUGAAGAUCAUUUUUACAGAAAUAUUUAUUUGUUGAUUACUAUUUCAUUUGUUGUACGAAUACUAGCUGGGGCCGGAAAGACCACGUUGCUAAAUGUGUUAACAAUGCUAAACUCAUCAAACAUGACGGUAAAUGGAGAGGUAAGAUUGAACGGCAAAAUUGUUGACCAGAAGCGCAUGAAAUCGGUGUCGGCUUACGUGCAACAGAACGACCUCUUUAUCGGCAAACUUACGGUCAGAGAACACAUGGACUUUGAAGCGCGCGUUCGUAUGGAUCGGUCGACUACCAAAGAGGCGCGCGAUUGUCGGGUCAAUCAAGUGCUUCUGGACUUAAGUUUAGUGAAGUGCGCCAACACUCGGAUCGCAUCCAUUUCCGGUGGAGAGAGAAAGAGAUUAGCCGUCGCUUCGGAAUUGUUAUCCGAUCCGUCGAUACUAUUCCUCGACGAACCGACGUCUGGUUUGGACUCAUUUAUGGCCAGAAAUUUAGUGGAAAUAUUGCUUGGGAUGAAAGUCGGGCGCAUUAUUAUCCUCACUAUUCAUCAGCCGUCGUCUGAUGUGUUUUCAUUGUUUGAUCAGUUGUUACUUAUGGCCGACAAAAGGGGUAUUUGCGAUCGCUUUCUGGUGAGCAAUUAUGCAAAGAUGGCACUACCGGACACAUCCACUAAUUACAACCAGAAUACAAAUGACGACAACAACCACAUUCAGACUAUCGACAAAUUUGUCUAUAAAGUCAAUUGGUGUAUACAGUUUAAGGCACUAAUAUGGCGCGCAUGGCUAUCGGCAUUGAGGGAACCCAUGUUAACUUACUUUCGUUUCCUGCAAACAAUUUUUCUGUUGUUUGUGUUUGGGUCAAUCUAUUGGCAACUCGAUAUGGAUCAGGCGGGCAGUAUGUCCAUCAAUGGCGCUAUAUUUACAAUUAUUUGCUCAAUAACUUUGCAAAAUGUUUUCGGCGUGGUCACCACAUUUUGCAUAGAAAUGCCAAUAUUCCUUCGCGAACACAACAAUGGCUUGUAUAGAGUGAGCGCUUAUUUCGUGUCCAAAAUCUUAGCCGAGUUUUAUAUAUCUGUAUAUUCUAUUGGAUGGUUGGCCUCAACUGUGAUAAAAUCGUAUUUUUCAAGUUAUAUGGUAUCAUCAAUAAGUAAUAGUGUAAUAAUGGCACUGACAAUUGCAACCAUGCUAAUAUUGCCCCUAAUGAUAUUGGGUGGCUUUUUUAUUAAUACCGAUGAAAUACAAGUGUGGAUUGCGUGGGUUAGAUACAUCUCGUGGUUCUAUUAUGGUAACGAAGCGCUUAUAAUAAACCAAUGGCGCGAUAUUCAGCACAUAGGCUGCGAGUAUGAUGUGGUCGAUGGGACACCAGUCAGACUGUGUAUUCCAAACGGAACGGUUAUUAUUGAGAUGUUGCACUUCCAAGAAGAUCAUUUUGGCCUAGAUAUUUGGCUAUUGUUUGUCAUUUCAAUGGUACUUGUGUUUUGCGAGAUUUGA